UCGGUUUCAUUCACCGAUGUGACUGUGGACUUCACUCAGGAGGAAUGGGAGCAACUGGACCCCUCACAGCGGAUCCUUUACAUGGACGUGAUGCUGGAGAAUUACAGCAAUUUACUCUCAGUGGAGGUGUGGAAAGCUGACGACCAGAUGGAGCGGGACCCCAGCAACCCAGAUGAGCAGGCGAGACCAUUUAUCAUUUUUAAGAACCAAACCCCAAUUGAGGAAAGAGGUAAUCUCUUUGAAAAAACAUUUAAUCUGAGCACAGAUUUUGUUUCCUUAAGGCAAGUACCCUAUAAAUACGACUUAUACGAAAAAACCUUGAAGUCUAAUUCAGACUUACUUAAUGGUAAUAGAAGCUAUAUAAGAAAGAGAGCUGAUGAGUGUAAUGGAUUUGGAAAAGCACUCCUCUAUCUGAAGCAAGAGAAAACCCAUCAUGGGUUGGAAUACUCUGACUAUAAUAAAAGUGGGAAAGUCUUUAAAGAAGCCAUUUUUAAACAUCAGAAAAUACGAAAUUUGGUACAACCUUUUAUUUGUAAUUACUGUGACAAGGCUUUCUCCUUUAAGUCACUCCUCAUUAGUCACAAGAGAAUACACACUGGAGAAAAACCUUAUGAAUGUAACGUGUGUAAGAAAACCUUCUCCCAUAAGGCAAACCUCAUUAAACAUCAAAGAAUUCAUACAGGGGAGAAACCCUUUGAAUGUAUUGAAUGCGGAAAAGCUUUCACCCACCAGUCAAACCUCAUCGUUCACCAGAGAGCACAUAUGGAGAAGAAGCCCUAUGAGUGCAGUGACUGUGGCAAGACAUUUGCCCAGAAGUUUGAACUUACUACCCACCAGAGAAUUCAUACAGGAGAACGACCCUAUGAGUGUAACGAAUGUGCAAAAACCUUCUUCAAAAAGUCCAACCUCAUUAUACAUCAGAAAAUUCACACGGGGGAGAAACGCUAUGAGUGCAGCGAAUGUGGAAAAUCCUUUAUCCAGAACUCACAACUGAUCAUACACAUGAGAACUCACACGGGAGAGAAACCCUAUGAAUGUACCGAAUGUGGCAAGACAUUCAGCCAGAGGUCAACCCUGAGAUUACAUUUGCGAAUCCAUACAGGAGAGAAACCAUACGAGUGUUCUGAAUGUGGGAAGGCCUUCAGCAGGAAGUCCCGACUCAGUGUCCAUCAGAGGGUUCACAUGGGGGAAAAGCCCUGA